UGAAUUAAAAAAUAUCACUGUAUGGUGUGAUGGGCAAUGUGUUUUGUUUACAUGUUUGGAAUAGUUUCUUUCACUGCAAAGUGCAAACGUAGUGGUUACCUAUAUUCCCUUUGCUUUGCUCUCUGCCUUAAUAAUUAAAGAAGCCACAAUGACUAAAUAUGAUUAAUUACGAAUUAUUCUCUGUCAUCCCUAUGACCAUUACCUAGCGUCCCCAGCGGACCCCAUGUCACCAAGCAUAACGGCGGAGGAUAUAACUGAGAAGACGCAAAGAUGCGAGAGAUGAUAUGUUCAGAUUUUUUUAUCGAUUCCUAAAGUUUGUAUCUACUUAAAGUGUACAUGAUGAAUACACUUUUAACCAAUAGUAAGGAAGACCCGGUAAAUGACAAAGUAAAAUCAAUUGUUAAAACUGUAUUGGAGAGGUGUCAUAUCGAAAAAACUCAAAAUGCUUUGGUGGUACCUCUAAAUGCUAUUGAAGAACGUACAACUUUUUAUACAGCGUUUCCUAUUAAAUAUGUGUGGGAUCUUCAGGAAGAAAGUAAUAAAUUACCUCCAGUGAUAAAUUUAAAUGUACGACAAAAAGUUCAACUGUUAAAUUAUUUUAAAGAUCUUUAUGCUCUUAGAAAACCAUUUACAUUUUCACAAGUAGCUGAAAUAUUCACUAAAACUGGUAUUGAAAUUAAUGAUCCAUCAUUUCUACGUAAGCAAAUGUAUGCUUUGGGAUAUGAAUCCAGAUCUACAACCUGUGGCACUGUAAUUGUUGAAAUUGCGAAAUUAAGGUUUGAGAGAUACCUAUACCUUAGUAAAGUAAUAAGAUUCAGAAAUAAUAAUAUUCCUAUUUGCUACAUUGAUAUAAGAGUAAUUGAUAAAAAUUUAAAAUUUGAGGAGUUUUCUUUGAUGCCAAAUUAUGAUAAGAGUAUGAAUAGACUUUACUUUUUACAUGCUUUGUCAAGGAGUGGAAUUGUGAAUGGAAUAUUUAGUAAUGUCAUAGAUAGGGAGAUAUUCACUAAAUGGUUAACAGAAAUUUUGGUCACAAAGUUACAGCCGAACUCAGUGCUGAUACUAAAUAAUAGUGACUUCUUUAAUGAAAAAAUAAAACCUAUAACAAGAUAUGAUACAAAGCUAGGAAUGUUGCAAUGGCUGGAGAAAAAUGAUAUUCCUUGUAGCUCCAACAUGACCAAACCAGAGUUAUAUGAAUUGAUAUCUAAGUCUAGAAUAAAAAGUUGUGAUUAUAAAAUAGAUAAUGCAUUAAAAGCAAUGGGCCAUAAUGUGUUGAGGAUUCCAGAGAAAUUCCAGGAUCUUACACCAACUGAGUUACUUUGGAACAAUUUACGGAAUGAGGAAUAUAACAACCUUAAAAUUAUUGAAAUAAAAAACACAGUUGAAACAUAUAUUGAAAAAAUUGAGAAACUGAAAUGGGAGCUUUUCUCUGAUGCUGUUGCUAAUUGGGAAAAAGAAAUUUUUGAAAUAGAUUCUGUAACUGAAGAUUUCCUUGAUACAUUUGUUUUUGACACAGAUUAUGUACAUGAACCAUCCUCCAACACCUCCCUUCCGGAACAGUUAUAAUUUUUUGUUAAUAUGUUUCUUUGUCUAUGUAUGUGUAAUAAUAUAAUGUAAACGUAGUUAUGUAAAACCUGACUCACUCAAUUCAGGAUCCAUGAUCAAGGGCUUACCCUGUUUUUAUAGAUGAUGGAUAAGCAUAUAUUGUUAAACAAAUAUAGGUCGAAAUAAAGGUGAUAUCACAUAAAAUUCACUCUCUUUCUCUAA